AUGACAGCGACGACAAGCAGCCCACCAACAGGCUGGCAAGCCUGCGACCGAACCGACACCCUCUUCGUGCUCGUCUGCACCGUAAUCUGCUGGCCCAUCAUCCCCGCCGUCGGCAUCGCCUACUCCGGCUACUCCUGGCGCCGCAACGGCCUAACAGCCUUCCUCCCCUCAAUCCUCACCAUCACCGUCUGCUCCAUCCAGUGGUUCCUGAUCGGCUACACUCUAGCGUAUGGCGAAACUGGUGCAGUCUUUGGCGACCUUAAAAAUGCAUUUCAUAUUGGUGUGCUGGAUCAGCCUGUUGGCACGAUCCCGGCGGUGCUGUUUAGUGAGUUUCAGUUGGUUUUUGAGGCGACGGUUUGUGCGAUUGCUGUUGGGGGGGUUGCGGAGAGGGGGAGGUUGAUGCCGUUGGUGCCUUUUAUUCUUCUGUGGUCGACGUUCGUAUACUGUCCUCUGGCGCACAUGGUCUGGGGAGGGGGUUAUCUUGGGGAGACGCUUGGUGUUCUUGACUUCGCUGGAGGCACCCCCGUCCACGUCUGCUCUGGCGCCUCAGCAUCCGCCCUGAGCAUCUACUUAUCCUGGCCCCUAUUCCGUUCCCGCAAAGCGAAAUCCCGAACACCCACUCACAUCGCUCUCCACGGCCCUGGUAACUCCUACUCGCAGAUCAUCGCCAUGGUUAUCAUCUGGGGCUCAUGGCUCGCUUUCGACGCAGGCACAACUUUGAGUCUCACCUUCCAAUCCGUCAUGGCUCUGUGUGUUACGAACCUCUGUGCCUCAGCGGGCGCUAUCACUUGGAUGCUGAUAACAUUCGCUGAGGAUCGCAGGUGGUCAAUCGACUCCUGUUUCAUGGGCGCCAUCGCUGGUCUGGUCAUGAUAACGCCCGCCGCGGGCUUCAUCGAUCUUCCCACCUCGCUCCUGUUCGGCGUUGUGGGUGCACUCGUCUGUCGCCAGGCUCUGCGGAUCAAAUUCACGGACUUCGCUCGACGAUGGAGAUGGGUCGACAACGGCGACACAUUCGCUACCCACUGUGUUGGAGGACUGCUCGCCACCGUCAUGACUGGGAUUUUCGCACAGAAGAAAGUCGCCGCGUAUGGAGGUGUUGAAGUUGCCGGUGGUGUUGUCUUCGACGGUAAUGUCAGGCAGCUGUGGGUCCAGAUCGUAGAGGCAGCCAUUGGGUUUGCGUGGGCUUUCAUCGGAUCUUACGUUAUCAUUGCUUUGAUCGAUUGCGUUCCUGGUCUUGAAGUUCUUGCGACGGAUGAGGAGAUUCGUUCGGGCCUUGAUUUCCACCAGACUCACGAGACGGUUUUUGGGUUUGAGAUGACUCAGGAGGAAGCUGAGUACUCGCCAAUGUCCAUGUCUACUGGGGUCCAGGUUGUCGAGUAA